CCACUCACUCAGACUCUGAGGGAUUGUAAUAGUCACUGAGACAGAGAGAGAGACGGGCUCAGCCCUUUCCCUUGUUCGCUUUCUGUCUGUCUUUGCUGGAUGCUGUCUGUCUGUCUCUCUCUCUCUCUUUCUCUCUCUCUCUCUCUGUCUAUGCCGUUGAUGCUGUCUCUGUCUCUUGGAUCAGGACGUGGAACAUGAAAACUUGUGUAAAGUUCUCAACUCUGUGGAAGUACACACUGUGAGCUGAUGGGUUUUGUUCUUCACAUCCUGCUGUAGAACCCAAACUCAGCACGAAGUGUGUGUGUGUUGAGUGCUGAUGGAUUUGCGUGUUGGUGAGCGUGUGAUGCGCCCGGGUUCAGACACACUGCUGUCGCCGCUGCUGCUCAGUCCAUUUAACCCUCAACACUGUGCCCAGUACAGCCAGCACAUCCGGUUGAACAUGCAGCAGCAUCUGCGAGAUCAGGAACAGACAAAACAACAGCUACAGAUGAUACGACACAAAGAUAAGAGUCAGCAGAGUGCUGUGGCCAGUUCAGUGGUAAAGAAAAAAUUGGCUGAAGUGAUUCUGAAGAAGCAGAAACAGGCAGCGCUGGAGAGGACGAGCUCAAACCCGCUCACCAACACACCUGUGGCCUACAGAGAGUUGGCUCCAGAUCCCAAUGUUCCUCUGCAGUCGCUGUUCUCGUCUCCUCCACAGACACUGAGUGACGGAGCAGAAGAUCCUCCACUACGGAGAGCAACCUCUGAGCCAAACCUGAAGAUGAAGCUGAAGAAACAUCUACACACUCGGAAGAGUCCACUAACCCGGAAGCAGAGUGCCCCGCCCACCAUCAAACCCCACAGACCUGACACGCUUGACUCGUCUCCCAGCAGCAGUAGUACUCCUGUAUCAGGCUGCAGUUCUCCUAAUGACACGCUGCCCAGUGAGAACGGAGUGCUGCCCCCUACUGCCAGCCUGACACACGAGGCUCAGAGGGUGUUACUCUCUGAUGGAUCUGUAGCUCAUUUCUCUGUCCCGACGGCUUCCACCCUCCCCACCAUCACACUGGGACUUCCAGCUCAUGCCAAGGCGGAGGGGGAACUAGGUUCUCUGAAACUGAGUCAGGUUCCUCUGGUAUCAUCGGGUUCUCCACUGUUGGUUCCUCUGGGUGUUGAGGAGCAGAACCUGGUACAGCCCGUCCUUAUCCUGGAGCCAUCUGGACUUGUCCACACUCCACUGCUCACAGUUCCAGGUCUGGCUCCAGUUCCUUUGCAUGUCAGUGCUGCUCACAAACCACUGAGCCGCACACGGUCUGAGCCGCUGCCCCCGAGUCCCCGCACCAUACACACGCACCUACUGCAACAACAACACAACACACAGCUGCUGGAAAGACUGAAACAACAAACACACCUUGGCAAGCUCAUGUCUAAGUCGAGUGAGAAGCCACGUCUCUGUCAAAUUCCCUCUGAGGACAUGGACUCGGAGGAGGUGGGGACGUCAUCCAGCAAUGUAAAUAAAAGCAGGGCGGAGUCACAAAGGGAAGCCGAGACUCAGGAUGAUCAGCUCAGCCUUCAACAGACCCUCAUUCUGAACCAGUCACGUCUUUGGGAGACGCAGAAACAACUGCAGCAACUGCGCAGACACACGGCUCAAAUGGCAUUACCCAUGAUGCUCAGCGGCAUGCACCGCCCACUUUCACGCACACAGUCCUCACCAGCCUCCACUUCACACACACUGCCUGACAAAACACUGCCCAUCGCCACAGCAACCGAGCCCAGCCUCAGCCAAUCACGCUUUACCACAGGUCUCGUAUAUGACUCUCAGAUGUUAAAGCACCAGUGUACAUGUGGCGAUAACAGCUCUCACCCAGAGCAUGCUGGGAGAAUUCAGAGCAUCUGGUCUCGGCUGCAGGAGCGUGGACUGAGAGCGCAGUGUGAGAGUAUUCGUGGUCGUAAAGCGACUCUGGAGGAGUUACAGUCGGUUCAUACAGAACGUCAUGUUCUCCUGUACGGCACAAACCCACUGAACCGCCUCAAACUGGACAACCGCAACCUCACCGGCAUUUUGUCCCAGAGGAUGUUCGUCAUGCUGCCAUGUGGAGGAGUGGGGGUCGACAAUGACACCAUCUGGAAUGAACUGCACACCUCCACAGCAUCACGUAUGGCUGCAGGCAGCGUUACAGAACUCGCUUUCAGAGUGACCAAGGGAGAACUGAAGAAUGGUUUUGCUGUUGUUAGACCACCAGGACACCAUGCUGACCCCUCAAACCCAAUGGGUUUUUGUUAUUUUAACUCGGUGGCUGUUGCUGCUAAACAGCUUCAGCAGAAGUUGAAGGUGAAUAAAAUCCUCAUCGUUGAUUGGGAUGUUCACCAUGGAAACGGCACUCAGGAGAUUUUCUACUCUGACCCCAGUGUGCUGUAUAUCUCACUGCAUCGCUAUGACAACGGCAACUUCUUCCCUGGCAGUGGAGGUCCAGCGGAGGUGGGAUCUGGUGCAGGUGAAGGCUUUAACGUGAACGUGGCAUUUACUGGUGGUCUUGACCCUCCAAUGGGUGAUGCUGAAUAUCUUGCUGCAUUCAGGACGGUGGUGAUGCCCAUCGCUCAGGAUUUCUCCCCGGACGUGGUGCUCGUCUCAGCGGGGUUUGAUGCUGCGGAGGGACACUCGGCUCCGUUAGGGGGAUACAGAGUCACGGCCAAGUGUUUUGGGUUCCUGACCCAGCAUUUAAUGAAGUUAGCAGGAGGACGUGUGGUUUUGGCCCUGGAGGGGGGUCACGACCUCACAGCCAUCUGUGAUGCGUCAGAAUCGUGUGUUAGUGCGCUGCUGGGGCUGGAGGAUCCUUUACCAGAUGAAGUAUUGAAUCAGAAACCCAACGCUAACGCCGUGCAGUCUCUACAGAAAGUCCUGCAGAUACAGAGUGAGUACUGGCCCAGUGUGAGGGAGAUGUUGUUGUCGGUGCACUUGUCGUUUGUCGGUGCUCAGAAAGGAGACAGUGAGGAAAGUGCUGCAGUGAAAGCUCUCGCCUCGCUCUCAGUCGGAGUCCUCAACAAUAUCAAGAGAGUCGCUGAUGAACCGAUGGAGGACCAGGACUCCAUGUAAACCCCGCCUACUAUUGCUUCUGAAUAACUGUCCAGCCGUGGUGCAGUUCCAUGUCACAUGACUGCGAGAGGGAGAUCAAACUCUCGCUGCCUUAUGACCAGCAGUGCCUUCAAUGGGAGGAACUGUGGUGAUGUCACUUCCUGUUUACUCCUAUGCUACUGCUCCUGUGUGAGUUUAGCAUCGUGGCUAAGCUAACUGCCCUAGCCGAACCCUGUGGAUUCCAGAACUUUCCCUCCAUCCACUUCUGUCAGGUGAAGGACGAGUCUGGACGAGUCUCAUGUUAUUUUUACUCUUUUUUUAUUUCCAUGUUCGUCCAUCAUGUUUCUGCUGGAGACGCAGGAUUUAAGGAGAAAACACCACAAAUUCUUCUUAAAUACAAAAGACUCUGUUUAUCAUUGAAUUGUUACGGUGUGGACAGAUUCUCCCAUCUUGAUGAUGUCACUUCCUCUAACAUUAACCACUAAAGAAGAUACAGAAGGAGCUUGUGUUUAUUCUCGUUUUGCACUGUGCAUUCCAUAAUGUGAACCGUGAUGUUUAUCUCCAAACUCUGGGAAAAGUUAUGUACAGUAACAUUUAUUACAAUGAAGACAAGUUCACACACACACACACACACACCGAGUGUUAUAAUGACCACUGUAAAGACCAAUCACUGCUCAGACACACAGGAAGCAGCGUUUCAUCGCUGUACUCGCCGUUAGAACGUUAUGUUCAAAUCACACACACGUUCACACGCCUGCUGUUACAGGAAGUAGAGAAACAAAGUGGAAGUGAUUUUAUGCAGUAGGAGCCUGUGUCAUUUCCUGUUUCACACGAAGCCUCAAUUGAGAUCGCUAACAAUAUUUAAAAUUUCUCUCUUAGCUUCAGUUGUUAUUUUUGUUUUGUUUGUUUGUUUGUUUGUUUGUUUGUUUUGCAUUCCAGUGCAGUGAUGUGCAGAAACCGAACAGUGGAACUGUAGAAUACCAUUUUACUGUAGAAUUUUAAAAGACUGGCUAGGCCACGCCCCCAUGGUUAAUAUCAGUGAUGGAGCGCGGGACACAGCUGGGGACAGUGUGAUGGUGUGAGAGGUGUGAGAGACAGAGUGAUGGUGUGAGAGAGUGUGAUGGUGUGAGAGACAGAGUGAUGGUGUGAGAGGUGUGAGAGACAGAGUGAUGGUGUGAGAGACACUGUGAUGGUGUGAGAGGUGUGAGAGAGUGUGAUGGUGUGAGAGAGUGUGAUGGUGUGAGAGACAGAGUGAUGGUGUGAAAGACAGAGUGAUGGUGUGAAAGACAGAGUGAUGGUGUGAGAGAGAGUGAUGGUGUGAGAGACAGUGAUGGUGUGAGAGACAGAGUGAUGGUGUGAGAGACAGUGAUGGUGUGAGAGACAGAGUGAUGGUGUGAGAGACAGAGUGAUGGUGUGAGAGACAGAGUGAUGGUGUGAGAGACAGAGUGAUGGUGUGAGAGACAGAGUGAUGGUGUGAGAGACAGAGUGAUGGUGUGAGAGACAGAGUGAUGGUGUGAGAGACAGUGAUGGUGUGAGAGACAGAGUGAUGGUGUGAGAGACAGUGAUGGUGUGAGAGACAGAGUGAUGGUGUGAGAGACAGAGUGAUGGUGUGAGAGACAGAGUGAUGGUGUGAGAGACAGAGUGAUGGUGUGAGAGACAGAGUGAUGGUGUGAGAGACAGAGUGAUGGUGUGAGAGACAGAGUGAUGGUGUGAGAGACAGUGAUGGUGUGAGAGACAGAGUGAUGGUGUGAGAGACAGUGAUGGUGUGAGAGACACAGUGAUGGUGUGAGAGACAGAGUGAUGGUGUGAGAGACAGAGUGAUGGUGUGAGAGACAGAGUGAUGGUGUGAGAGACAGUGAUGGUGUGAGACGAGCAGCGUGAGUGUGAUUUAUUGUGGCUGUAAUUCACGUCGUUCGCUUCAGUUCCAUUAAAACUGUUACAGCAG